AGCAAAGCUUCCGCCGAAAGCCUCCCCAAACUAUUUCUAUCACCCCUCCUCUUCUCCAUUCAUUUCUUCCCCCCGCUCCUUCACAUUGUCUGCCUCCCUCACCAAGUCCUAGAUAUAUCAUUUUUGUGUUUGUUCUGAAGCUGUCAUCGCGAUGUCUGCCUCCGCUCGCCUCAACCAGAUUACAAAGCAGCUUGCUCCAGGCAACAACUCAGCCCGCGACAAUCUCCUGGAGAAGCACGCCGAUGAUGUUGUUGUGACAUGCGCUCUACGAACAGCUUUAACAAAGGGUGGGCGCGGUGGUUUCAAAGAUACUCCGGCACAAGACCUGUUGGUCGGUGUGCUCAAGGGGCUCAUCGAGCGCUCUAAAAUCAACCCGGCCGUUGUUGAAGACGUUGCCGUAGGAAGUGUACUCGCCCCUGGUGGUGGUGCUACCGAGUUCAGGGCCGCUAGUUUGGUUGCUGGGUUCCCCGUCGAGACCGCCGUAUAUUCGCUGAACAGGCAAUGUUCCAGCGGUCUGGUUGCGUGUGCCAACAUUGCUAACGCAAUCCGUGGUGGACAAAUCGAUGUUGGUGUCGCAGCCGGUGUUGAGAGCAUGAGCACUCAGUACGGCCCUAGUGCUGUUACCGAAUUUUCUGAGCUCCUCGACAGCAAUGUCCAAGCCAAGAACUGCACGGUUCCCAUGGGCGUUCUUUCAGAGCAGAUGGCUAAGGACAGGAACAUUUCUCGAACCAGACAAGACGCUUUCGCUGCCGCAUCAUUCCAGAAGGCCGAGAAAGCUCAAAAGGCUGGUCUCUUCGUAGAAGAGAUCUACCCACUCGAAGUCAGCUUUGAGGACCCCAAGACCGGAGAGACCAAGCGCAUUAUCGUUGACAAAGAUGAUGGAAUUCGCCCUGGAAUGACCGCAGAGGGUUUGGCCAAGAUUCGUCCCGCUUUUGCCAAGGACGGCUCAAUCCACGCUGGAAAUGCGUCUCAGAUUUCCGACGGUGCCGCUGCCGUUCUCUUCAUGCGCCGUAGCGCUGCUGAGAAGCUCGGGCAGAAGAUCAUUGGCAAGUUCGUUACGUCGGCAGUCGCUGGGGUUGAGCCCUUGUUGAUGGGUAUCGGUCCUUGGGCUUCAAUCCCCAAGGUGUUCGCCAAGACUGGUCUCACAAAGGAUGAUGUUGACGUUUUCGAGAUCAAUGAAGCAUUUGCCUCUCAGUGCUUGUGGUGUGCGGAGGAGCUGGGUUUGGACAAAGCAAAGAUCAACCCCAAGGGAGGAGCCAUCGCUUUUGGUCACCCUCUUGGAUGUACUGGCGCGCGCCAGGUCUCAACUCUGAUGACCGAGUUGAAGAGAACGGGUGGAAGGAUCGGAUUGACUUCCAUGUGCAUUGGGACUGGAAUGGGAAUGGCUGCUGUCUGGGUUGCGGAGUAUUAGGUGGAUUGCUAGAGGAAUCAUUAGACUCUCUCCUUCGCUGAUAGCUGGGGGUUCCUGUAUAAUAAGUAGCUUGGGUGACAACAUCACUUCUCCCACUGGAAUGUGGCGGCAUUGCAGCCGCGCGAUUAGCAUCCGAAAA